AGCACAACCCUACCCCUUUCUCACACAAUUCCCCCGCAUCUAUAUCUAUUUAUCUACCCCUCACUCCACCAUUCCCCCGUGAUUUUUCCCCCUUUCCACCACCCCCCAAAAAACGAACCACUCCGAUGGCCCUUCCCCUCUCCUCCUUCCUCCGCCUCCUCAUCGUAGUGGUGGUAGUAGUAGUGGUGUCGACGGGACACGUGGCGGGAUCGGACGGGGCUGCGGCGGCGGCGGCGGCGGCGGAGCGGGUGAACCCGUUUACGGCGCGGGCGGCGCUGAUCCGUUACUGGAACCGCAAGGUGCCCAAUAACCGCCCCCACCCAUCCUUCUUCGUCUCCAAGCUCUCCCCGCUCUCCGCCCUCGACUCCGCCACCUUCUCCUCCCUCCUCCCCGCCUCCUCCUCCUCCUCCUUCUCCUCCCUCCUCCCCUCCCUCUGCUCCAAAGCGAGCCUCCUCUGCCCCUCCCUCUCCGGCGACGUCUCCGGCGAAGGCUCCGGCUCCGGCUCCGGUCCCGGCGAUUUCGCCGGCUACGACAACUCCAACUUCACCAACUACGGCACCGACGCGGCCGGGGGGGCCACGUCCUUCGCCAACUACUCGGGGGGGCUCAACAUCCCUGUCGACUCGUUCCGGCGGUACAGCCGCGACUCGGCCGGGCACAACGACUCCUUCGCCUCCUACGAGCCCGAGGGCAACGUCGUCACCGCCAACUUCACCAGCUACGGCGCCGCCGCCACCGGCGGGGCCGGGUCCUUCGCCGCCUACGCCGGCGAGACCAACGUCCCCGAUCUCCGGUUCAGCAACUACGACGCCGAGUCCAACGGCCGGGCCCAGUCCUUCGCCGCCUACUCCGGCGACGCCAACGCCGGCGACGAGUCCUUCUCCGGCUACGGCAAGAACGGGAACGGCGUGCCCCUCUCCUUCUCCUCCUACGGGAACAACACCAACGUGCUGGGCUCCGCGUUCGCGAACUACGGCGAGAACGGGAACGGCGCCACGGACGCGUUCGCCUCCUACGGCGCGAACGGCAACGUCCCGGAGAACCUCUUCCGCUCCUACGGCGCCGGGGGCAACGCCGGCUCCGACCGCUUCUCCUCCUACCGCGACCAAUCCAACGUCGGCGACGACUCCUUCGCCUCCUACGCCAAGGGCGCCAACGCCGGCGCCGCCGAUUUCGAGAGCUACGGCAGAUCCUUCAACGAGGGCAGCGACUCCUUCAAGGGCUACGGCGAGGGCACCAACCCCAACCACGAGGUCACCUUCGCCUCCUACUUCGGCGACAACACCACCUUCAAGUCCUACGCCAAAUCCGGCAUCGACUUCAAGGGCUACCACAACUCCUCCUCGUCCUCCUCGUCAAACUCAAACUCCGCCGCCGCCGCCGCCGCCGCCGUAGGGUCGAAGAAGAAGAGUCGGUGGGCGGCGGUGGAGGCGGGGAGGUUCUUCAGGGAGAGGGAGGUGCGCGGGGCGUUCGCGAUCCCGGCGGAGACGGCGCUGGGGCGCGCGGUGGCGGACGCGGUGGCGGAGUGCGAGCGGCCCCCGAGCCGCGGCGAGACGAAGCGGUGCGCGACCUCCGCCGAGGACGUGAUCGACUUCGCCGUGGAGGUGCUCGGCAGCGACGUGGUGGUGCGGAGCACGGAGUCCCCCGCGGGCGCCGGCGGCCCCGUGGUGGUCGGCGAGGUGAGGGGGGUGAACGGCGGCGCGGUGACCCGGUCGGUGUCCUGCCACCAGAGCCUCUUCCCCUACCUCGUCUACUACUGCCACUCGGUGCCCAAGGUGCGCGUCUACGAGGCCGACAUCCUCGCCGUCCGUUCCCGCCAGCGGAUCAACCGCGGCGUCGCCAUCUGUCACCUCGACACCUCGGACUGGAGCGCCGCCCACGGCGCCUUCGUCGCGCUCGGCGGGAAGCCCGG